AUGUCGCGCACGGCGCGGGCCUUUGAGUUUGACGCUGUCCUCGAUGAGAACGCCUCGCAAGACAAUGUUUACUCCCUUGUUGCCCCGUAUGUCGCCUCGGUUGUCCGCGAUGGCUUCAACGCCACCGUCAUGGCUUACGGCCAGACCGGUUCUGGCAAGACCCACACCAUGAUGGGCUCGUCGGCCGCUCCGGGCGUCAUCCCACGCGCCAUCGACGCGCUCUACGCCCUCAUCGAGCAGAGCCCCGAGACAACCUUUAUGCUCGACGUCUCGUUUGUCGAGCUUUACAACGAGAACUUUUUCGAUCUGCUCCACCCAGAUGGGCCCGAGGCCGCGGCGGCGUCGGGCGACAAGAUCGCUGUCCGUGAGGCUGCCGACAAGUCGACCUUCCUCGCUGUCCGCGAUGCAUCGGGCCGCUGGGCGGGCAAGUUGCGGACUCCUGUUGCCUCACGCGAGCAGCUCCUCCAGCUGCUCCACGACGGCAUGGCCCGCCGGCGGGUCAUGUCCACGCUCAUGAACUCGUCGUCAUCGCGCUCGCACGCCCUCUUCUCCAUCUACGUCGAGUCGUCCGGCCCGGCUGGUGCCCGUGCCGCCACCCUCCAUCUAGUGGACCUAGCCGGAGCCGAGAGCAUCAAGGCCUCCGGCGUGACGGGUGUCCACGCUAAGGAGGCGACGUCGAUCAACAAGUCUCUCUCUGCUCUUGGCGACGUUCUCGCGCACCUCUCAACCGCCCGCCGCACGUCGUCCUCGGCGCCUUACCGCAACUCGCCGCUCACCUUUUUCCUCCGCGACUCGCUCGGCGGCUCGGCCAAGACCCUGCUCAUUGCCACCGUCCGCCAGGAACUCGCGUGCGGGCCGCAGACCAAGUCGGUCCUGGUCUGGGCCGCCCGCGCCCGCCAAAUCUGCAACAAGCCCGUGGUCCAUGCUCAGGGCGCCGGCGACUCGCGGAUCCGGGCGCUCGAGGCGCAGCUUGCCCGCAACAACGCUCGCGCUGCCGAGCGCAUCUCGCAGCUCGAAGCACUCCUCGCGUCGCGGCCCGACCCGGACGCCUCGUUCAACAUGUCGUUUACCGCCUCGCUCGACGAGCUCGAGGCCGAGAAGCAGCGCGAGGCCGCCGAACGCGAGGCCCUCGAGGCAAAGCUUGCCUUUCUCAUCAACGCCCACAACGAUGAGCGUGCCGCCCAGGAUGCACGUGUCGCCUCGCUCGAGGCCAAGCUCUCGGCAACCGCUUCCGACCUGAAGACCUCGGAGCAGCGAACGGCCGAGGCGCUUGCUAAUCUUGAGGCUGUCACCGCCUCGCUCAACAUCAACAAGGCCGAGGCCGAGGACCAUGCCGCCAAGAUCCAGGCGCUCACUCGCCAGUGGUGCGACCACUCGCGCCUGGCCCAGAAGGAGAGCGCGUCGCUCAAGGCUCGCCUCAAGCGUGAGCACAAGAAGCGCAGAGCCGCCGAGGCCGCCGCUGCUGCCGCCGCCGCCUCCAACGACACCCUUGCAGCCGAGCUGGCCACUCUCCGCGGCCAGCUCUCCGAGGCGAACGCCCAGGUGAGCUCGGCGUUUGGCCAGAUCUCGCGGCUGCUCGUGAGCGCCAACAAGGCGCAGGCAUCCAAGGACUCCCGCAUUGCUGAGCUUGAAGCGCUCAACGCCCGCCUCGAGGCCCAGCUCUCGUCCAAGGACGUGCCUAGCUCGACGCCUGCCCGUCCGCGCUACCCGCUCGCCGAAGUCAAUUGA